UAAAACAAAAAACAUCAUUGUUGUUAUAAUCUUUUUAAAACUCGUGACUUUCAAAUGAGAAAAGAUGUUGUUUUGGAUGUUUAAAGAUGAACGUUGAAUUUUGAAAAGUGCUUUGAUGAAGCAUAACAGAGAUGGAUUCACAAACACCAAAGCCUUUGUUACUCAAGAUUCUGUUAUUAGGAGACAACUCUGCUAAAGCUACGUUUUUUACAAAGUUUACUGAUGACGGCUUCAAUAUUAAUGUUGAUUACACAGAGAGAAAAAUACAUUUGGACGGCCAAGUGAUCGAAAUUCAGGCGUGGGUUAUGAACAGACAAGAACGAUUUGAAGCACCGACAUCCGCUUAUUUUAGUGGAACAUCCGGUGUGUUGUUAAUUUAUGACAGUUCGGACGAAGAUAGCUUAGAAUUUUCGAUGCGUGAUGAAAUAAGAAAAGUGGAAUUGUAUGAUGGUCUGGAGACUCUAAUAGUUGAAGUGAAUAUGGAUCCUAAGAAGAAGAAACAGGUGACAACAGAAAAAGCUCUGGAGUUUGCCAAAGAACACGACAUGCAGCUCAUAGAAACAUCACUUUUGGAAGAACUCAAUAUUGAAGAGAUCUUUGGAAUGCUAGCUAAAAAGAUUUUAACUAAUAAAAGGCAUUUUGCGAACAAAGUUCAACUGAAUUGUAAAAUACCUCAAGAAAAGUCAACUUGCUAUUAAAAUCAAACCAUUAGCGCCCAUCAUUAAGACUUCUUUUGCUUACUCCAACAUUUGUAGCUUUCUAGGUUAAUCAACCUAUGAUCAACCUUUUUUAUCGAUAUUUUUGCACCGAACCUUUUUAAAAUAAUUAUAAAAAGUACAAUCAUGGGUGUUAAUUGCACACAAGAUUCAAACCAAGGUUCGGCUCGUGUUCAUUUGUAAAAUGGAUUGCAAUGUUCUUGAUAACAGUAAGUGGGUAGGCUACUAUUUCUUUGCUUAUUCGUACUUUUAAUAAGCCCUGAACAGGACCAUUAUAUAAUCUAUUGUGGGUAAAAGCAAACAACAUGAACUCACUUUGUAUAUCAUGAACUCCAAUAUCUAUAUUAUAAUACCCGUA